AUGGAGGAGCAACAAUCGGUGGAUAAGGAAAGAUUGGUACCUAUAAAAGGAAGACAAUUCAUGGCAAUUCGCCACGAGCAAUCUUAUUCAUUGAAGCCUUAUGGGCAUCCAAUUGGAGGACAGAGAGACGGCAUGGACUGGAUGGCUAGAUGA